AUGGAGAAAUCCUCGCACCAGAGGGAGAAAGUGGGAGUGGACGACUUCGUCCUCCUCGAGGAUCACACCGACGAGAAUGCCUUCUUGGACAACCUCAACAAGAGGUUCAACCACGACGUCAUCUACGUGAGUUCUCCGUCCUUCCCCAUCGCGGAACGGGUUCUUUCCGAGCGUCGAAGCAGGAAGGGGAUCGAUCGUUCCGAUAUCGUUUCCUUCCUUUAUUUAUUAAUUAUUUAA